UGCUUCAAGUUACACACUAUAGCAAAAUUUCUAUAGAAUUCAUUCGACAAGUUUUUGACAUGUACAAUUCCAUCUGUGUUUAAUUUUUAUUUAUUAACAACUUCUGACGCAUAACUACUUUAUUUAACAGUGAAUCAGUUUUUGAUACUAAUUUACAUUAUACCUUAAACUUUUUUUAAUUAUGAAGUAUUGUCAUUUUUUAAUUUCAUUUUUUCUAGACUUUCAAGAAUGAAUUAUUCUAAUUUUUGUAUUAAUAAAACUGCGUGUUUCCACUAUUCAAUUCUUCGAAAGAUGAAAAGUGGAGGAAUUUUUCGAAAAUGAAUUUACUAUCAGAUGAGAUUAUUAUUGUUAAUAAUUUUUAACAAGUUUAAAUGGCUGAAACUGAAGGGCCAAUUUUGCAUAUAAUAGUGAUUGGUUUUCAUCACAAAAAAGGUUGUCAAGUGGAGUUCUCUUUUCCUCCAUUGGUACCUGAGGCUCCAAACGAAUGUCCGUUGAAUUGGAGAUAUUUGCCGUCAUUAGCACUACCAGAUGGAUCUCACAAUUAUGAUGAAGACACCGUAUUUUUUCACCUACCUAGUCUUACGGAUCCAAAAUGCACAAUAUACGGAAUUUCAUGUUUCAAACAAAUUCCAGUUGAGAGACUGAAAUGUCGAACAUCGGAUAUUACAAGAGGAACUGUACAGAAAUCAGUCUGUAUUUUGAGCACAUUACCUCUUUACGGACAUAUUCAAGUUAAAGUUGCAUUGAUAACAAAUGCAUAUUUUGAGGAAGGAGACUUUAGUAAAAUUUCAUUAUUAAAAGAAACUUAUUAUCAUCUCAAUUCUUGUAUGAAGAAAGACAGUCAAAUUCCUUUACAAAUUUUUGGAGGUCUCUCGGCACGAGAUUUAAUUUUACAAUUUCGACACAAAGUUCUUUUAUUAUUUAAACUACUACUUUUAGAAAAAAAAUUAGUUUUUUUUCAAUCACCGGUGCAUCCAUUAUGCACGACGAUAUUGACUCUGCUUUCAUUAUUUCCCGGAAUGAUAGAAAGUGGUUUAAAGAAUUCUACCUACAUCAGAGUUCCAACAUCACCUGUUUCAAAUGACGAGAACAUUUCAGUUGUUGAUUCCGAUUUGCCAAAUUUAUAUUCUCUAGACCAGAAAUCACUAAAUAAAGAACAAAAUGAUGAUAUAAAUUUAGAAAAAGAAAUUUCAUAUUCCAAUUAUGAUGCAAAUUUAGAAACACUAGAGCAAGAGUGUAAAGAAGUUUUGAAUGAUGAGGCGGACAGAAGCAGAAAUUCCGAAGAAACACUAGAAAAUAAAUACAUCAAUAAGGCUAAUUACGAAGAAAAUUCGGGGAACUCUUUGACGAUAAAAGAUGAUUUAAAUACUGUCUCUUUCGAAGCAGGUGACGGCGAUGGUGUUUUAUCCAAAAACAGUAAUAGUCUUUUAUCUGUAAAUACAUGGAUUGAAGAAAGUGUAUUGCAGGCGGCAUCUAUAAAUACUCAAAAAUGUGGUUUACCUUUGCAAAUAUUUUCUGAGGGAUACCUCUGUUUACCGUAUCUCUCAUUGCCAUACUUAGAAUUAUUAAGUGAUAAAAAUGUUCGAGGCUAUGUAGUAGGAGCAACAAAUGUUCUUUUUAAGCAGAAGAAACAGCUUAUCGAUGUUUUAAUUGAUAUAGAAAAUGGACGAAUAGAAGCCAAUGAUCCUGAAUUAAGGCGUUACUUGCAUCUUACAACUGAAGAUUUGAGAUUUAUUGAUUACGUUAUUCGAUGUGUAGUCGAGCCAAGAAAGGAGAAUAUUCUGGAUAGUUCCACAUAUCACGGUGGGGAAGAAUGGAUAAGGCUUCAAUUCAAAAUGUAUUUGCUUCAUUUAUUGCGGACAUCAAUGCAAUAUGAUACUCGUGAAACGGAUCACUUCAAUACCUUAUUUAUAUCAGCUUGGCGUACCACGAAUAACUAUAAGAAAUGGAAAGACUUUAAUUCUACUGAAAUAACUAGCAUAGAACCAAGGCAUCCAUUUGUUGGGCAGUUAUCAGUUCAGGAUAUGAAAUUACGUUUGACACAUUCCAUGCAAAACACAGAAAGUGGACGAAAAUUGAACCAAGCAAUGUUAACAACAGGAAAAGCUGUAGGUGGAGCUUUGUCGCAAGCGAAAGGUGCAUUUUCAACGUGGUGGAAUACUUUAACCGCAGUCCAACCUAUCAAUGUUGUCAGAGAUAAUACUCUCCCCGAAGAAGAAAGAGAACAACAUGCCUUUAAAGUGGAAACUGAUGAAACGAUUUUAAAUAAAGACUUUCUGAGAGAGUCUAUAAAUUAUGAGAAAAUAAUUAAACCAAAUUAACAAUCUUAUAACUAUUAUUAUUUAAAUAACUAAAAUAACAAUGUCAAACACUGAAAAGACCAAACUCUCUAAAUUAUAUAAUUCUUUAGAUUAAAUAUGGAAGUUGCUUAAAUUUAGAAAGUUAAUUUUAAGAAUUUGAGGAUAGAGAUUUUACAGAAUAAAAAGUUGUAAAAUCCAAAAACAGAUAUUCAAGUUUUAAAUAAAUUUAAAAAUAUUCUAAAAAUAACUUUUGGACAGACAAAAAUAAUGUGAAUUAUCUUUAAAGAAACUAAAUUUUAUGUCCAUCCGUUUAUUUCUCAAGUCAAGUCAAUUUAUUACUCAACCAGAUCUUUUGAUUAAAAAUGGAUGGAAUAAUAAUUGACAAACAAUAAAUUAAUUGCAAUAUUAUUAUUUUUUAUUAUAAUCGUAAAACCGUUUUAAUAUUAAACUAAAUAAGCGGUCUAAUUUUCAUACAUUCAAUGAUUGAACUGUAAAAGAAUAUUCUAUUAUAUACAGAAAUUUUGAAAAUUAUAAAAGCACAUGAUUUAAAGCAUUAGCGUUUAGUACAAUAAUUUUUAUGAGUACAAUUGUAAGUUUAAUAACUAAACUUAAAAUUAGAAAGUAAUUAUUACUUUUUAAAGCGUGUAAAAAGUUACUAAAAUGAUUGUAAUUUUUCUUUUUAUUUUUAGUCGGUUAUUUCAGAUUUUUUUUAAAUACCAAACCAACAUUUGUUCGUUAUUGCUGUCUAAUAUUUGUUUUUAAAUACCAAGUCUGUGAUUAUUUUCUGACUGCAAAUAUAUGUUUAUGCAAAUUAUAAA